UUUAGUUUGUUGUACUCGGAGAGUUUUUUCCUCUAUGGACUAUUUCUUCGAUUCACUCAUACUGAUUGCAACCAAUAUGAAAAGUAGAAGAAAACAAGGAUGGACUUCAUCAAUUGGUGUGUGCUGGUGCCUCAUCUCCUUGUGUGACUGCUGAUUCGGAAUGCUAUUUUCCAGUGUUACACUGGUGCCUCAUCAAGUGUUGGUUUCUUAUACUCAAAAGUUAUAACGAUCAUCUGCUCAAAUUCUGGUGGCAGUGAAGAAUUGGAGCAAAUCUGUGACCAUCCGGAACAUGAAGAAGUCUGCUAUACAUUUUAGUGCUAGGUCCAAUUUUAUUGUUUGGUGAUAAUUAUAACAAUAGUUGUUAAUGUUCAGUGGCUGAAUUCAUUGUAAUACUAAAGUUUCAUGGUGAAUUCAUGUGCCUCAUUAGGUUUCUUAUUCUGUACAAUCAUAUCUUGACCAUACUUGCGUCUUAUGGAUGUCUCUUUGCUCCCUUUUCUUUUUAGAGUCAAGUCAUGUUGGAAUGAGCAGAAUCAUGUUGCUGUUACUUUCAGGCAAAAACGGGGGUUCCCCGCUCGUCAAACCAGACAGAGAGAGAUGGGUCGAGUCGGGAAGGAGGAGGCUGCGGAGAAUGCCGCGACGGAGGCGAAUCCGGAAGCGGAAGAGAGGAGCAGACUGAGGAGGCUAGCGUUUACGAAGGGCAUUCUCUCCGAGUCACCGGCGAAGUCCUUCACGGCUGCCCUUAGCCCAUCGAAGACUGUCGCCAAACACCACGGCAGAGACAUCCUCAGGAAGUCCCAGCGUAAGAAUAGGUUUCUUUUCUCCUUCCCUGGUCUCCUUGCCCCCAUCUCUGGCGGAAAGAUCGGCGAGCUUAAGGAUCUUGGCACCAAAAACCCUAUCCUCUACCUCGAAUUCCCUCAGGGCCGAAUGAAGUUGUUUGGAACCAUUGUUUAUCCAAAGAACAGAUACUUGACCUUGCAGUUCUCUAAAGGUGGGAAGAAUGUCAUGUGUGAGGACUAUUUUGACACAAUGAUUGUAUUUUCUGAUGCAUGGUGGAUUGGGAGGAAAGAUGAGAAUCCAGAAGAAGCUCAACUCAAGUUUCCUGAGGAGCUGGAUGAGGCACACCAUUCGGAGUAUGAUUUCAAGGGCGGUGCAGGUGCAACAUCAGAAAUGCAGCAGCAAGUUAACAAAUCUAGACAGAAACUAGACCAAGAUUCUCCUAAAACUGAUGUGGAAAAUGAUACAUCUUCCAGCCAAAAUAAUUUGGAAGAUUUGCCUGAAGUAACUCCAGUUCGGCAUUCUGAGAGAACUGCAGGAAAAAGAUUCAAUUUUGCAGAAGCUUCUUCUGGAGAUGAUUUUCUUGUGAAUGAUCUUGACACAUCUGAAGGAGAGGAUAAGAAAGGCAGCAUGGAACACCUGAGUAGAGAUUGCAGUCCUGGAAAUACUGAAAAUUCCAGCCCAUUAAUUUUUGACAUUGACACCGAAGAUGCUGCUGCUUGUACCACAGGACAAGUUCAAGAAUCUGCUUUGUUGUUGGCAAAGUCAAAGGAACUUUCUCAUAGUAAUCAUAGUUCUCUUGUUCAAACUACCAUAUCUACCUUGUUUAAUAAAGUGGAGGAAAAGAAGCCGAGAAAUCUAAGGAAGUCCUCUUCAUCAAAAGCCUCCAGCCAGAAUGAUCAGCGUGUUGGGUCAGAAGAAAAAACCAAUUUAAAAGAUAAGGGACCUCGGAAAAGAAGGAAAGUCGAGGACAGAAAAGCUGGGUCAGAUAAAACAGCUAAUCAACAACUUGAGGUUGAAGAGGAUGACAUUGAGGAAUUUUCAAGUACAUCACAGGAUACUAAUGGAAGUGAUGAAGAUUGGACUGGUUGAGACAGUUGCUAGUGAUGUUAUGGACAUGCGAAAACAGUUACUUUUUUUGGGUAAAACAAUUUCCGAGUGUGAGAAUAUGGGCAUCUCAGAAGGUUAUGAUUUGAUGUAACAUAGAAGCCCUUGUUCCAGCCCUGGCAGUAGAUCUGUUGCGGCUGAAAGGCAUCCAUCUUGUUUUGCAGACUGACUAGUACCAUAGAAGAAUAGAGAAGAAUUUCGAGCAUUUUUGUAAUCAUAUAUUCUUAUAUAUGUAAGAAAGGAACUGCCCUCCGCUAUACUUCACCGCCAAAGCAUAAAGUUUCAUAUAUUUCAUUUUAUUUGUUUCGAUUUUA